AUGAACAUCCGAUACAGUAAAAAAACAAAAGCCAUGUCAAGCGUUGAUUAUCUUGGAACACUAGAAAGUGAUGACAGUGAUGGUGAUGCAAGCAAUCCUCAGUUGACAGCAGAAGGCCCAAGUCUGGACUACGACUGUUCUGCAUUAAAAAAUAAUGACUAUGUUGUAGUAAAAUUUAAAACUAAAAAGAAAGUUAUUCAUUACAUUGGCCAAAUAAUAUCGGAAGCUGGAGAUUUAAUGGUAAAAUACUUGAAAAGGGAAAAGAUGUCAUCAUUCAACUUUAUCUGUAGAAAUGCUGAAUUAUAUCAAUUUAUAAAAGAGGACAUUGUUUGUAAAGUUCCAGAUCCAAUUCAGCAUGGUGGGACUGCUCGAAUCAAUGUGCCCCCAUCUCCCCUACUCGUACCUUCUUCAUCAUCAUUGGCAUGCCUUACAGUUGGAAAGCCUGCUUUAGGCGGCCGCAUGGUCGAGUUCAACCCACCAAAGGAUCUACGGAAACCAAGCUGCCAAGAAAUGAGCUUUAACAAAACGCCUCACGAAUCGCUGGGCCAUUACUCGGCCAUACUCUUAACUGGUAUAUUGUUAACAUCACAAACAUGUUUUUCGCGCACAAGCGCUCCAAAAUGCGCAAUUGGGACCUCCCCCAGAGAACGUUUCUUAUAUAGUUAA